AUGGAAAGAAAUUAUGAAGAACCUAGCUUGAUCAAUAGUGAUGAAUUCCCUUUAAGAUCAAUUGAAACAAAUAAUUCAGUUGAAGAUUAUGAGUUACAAGUAACAAAUGUGGAUGUUAUAUCGAAUAAAGAAAAAAAAUCUUUGAAUCGUAUUAAAUCAAAAGAGAGAAUAGAAAUUGAACCUAGUUUAAUUAGACAAUUUGCUUCUAAAAAUAGCAUACAACAAAGAGAACAAGCAUUAAAUGCUUCAUUCUUAUCUUUAUUAAUUAAAAACACUUCAUCUUAUAAACAACAGUCAUUUUCAUCUUAA